UUGGCAACGGUGGUAACAAAGUAACCUAAACAAGGAAAGGUAAACAAGUAAACAAUACAUACCUAAAGUUUACAAUUUUCUGUUGCCUAGUCAGUUGGAUAAUAAGUAAAGUAUUUUAUAAUGACGGGUACAAUUCUAGAAAAUUUAAGCGGUAGGAAAUUGGCCAUUUUAGUAAGUUUUCUAUUACUUGGCCAGCUAGCGUGUUUUCUUGUGGGGCUGAUGGCACCAAAUCCAGCUACAACACAAGGAACGUUAGCAACAGUUUGUCUAGAUGAGAAUCCAGAAGCAGAAGAUAACAGUAGAUGGUUCACCCGCGAUUGUAAGAGAAUAAAUCUUGCCAAUAUGAUAGUUUCCCCUGAGUUUAAUGCAAAUAAUCUGGUGUUUGUCAUGCAGAUGCCCCUGUAUGAAUUGGAUUUUUCUCGCUGGCAACAAAAUCUAGUGGGGAUACUGCAGGUGGAUAUGGUUUAUCUGAAGGAACAGAAGUUAUUGGAUCCUGUGAUUGAGUUGACUAUCAAUGCAAGGUUGGCAUACAGUGAUAAAAAACCGGAUGGCAGCCGCACGCCUUGGGAAUAUUAUAACCAUGCCGAGGAAAAGCGCUUCAUGGAAUGUACCUUCGACCACGCCUCAAUCAAAGGAAAAGAAAAAAAUGGGUACCCGUAUGACUGCACAAUGGUACCGUUGUUCGAACUAGGAGCUUUAUACCAUGAUUAUUAUUUAUUGAAUUUGCGUUUACCCUACAAUGUAUCGUCUUAUAAAAAUACUGGUUUAGGUAAAGUCGAAGAUAUUUACUUACAUAUUAUACACAUGAAUGGGGGUUUCACAAAAAUUUGGUUGAGCCUCAAAACUUUCUUUUUCCCAGUAAUUCUCGGAAUUAUGUUUUGGUUUUGGCGGAGAGUAAGAAAACUGAAUCGUUCCCCCGCUUUGUUGGAAUGUGUAAUCAUGUCGUUGGGUUCUGCUUUGGCAUUUCUUAAUUUACCAAUAGAGUACCUAAGCCUCAUAUUUGAAAUGCCUUAUAUGCUGCUGCUGAGUGAUAUUCGCCAGGGAAUUUUUUACGCAAUGUUACUUUCUUUCUGGCUCAUUUUCGCAGGGGAACACCUGCUAAUUCAGGAGAGUAGUAAAAAAAAUACAAUACAAAAGUACUGGAAACAUCUGACAACAAUUGUUACAGGUUGUUUCUGUUUACUCAUUUUCGACCUAUGUGAAAGAGGAGUACAAUUAGUGAACCCAUUUUACUCGAUUUGGGUAACCCCGGUCGGAACUAACCUGGCAUUGUCCUUUAUAAUACUAGCUGGAAUAUCGGCUGGCAUAUAUUUCAUAUUUCUUUGCUCUAUGAUCUGGCGAGUUUUUCAAAAUAUAAGCACGAAAAGGUCUCUACUGCCGAGCAUGUCACAAGCUCGACGUUUACAUUAUGAAGGAAUUAUUUAUCGCUUCAAAUUUCUCAUGUUAGCAACUGUCAUCUGUGCAGCAGUUACCAUCGUCUCCUUUAUCCUUUCCCAGAUUUCUGAAGGUCAGAAUAAAUGGGACGAAACCAUGGAUAUUGAAUUGACAUCUGCGCUCCACACCGGUGUGUACGGUAUGUGGAACAUAUAUAUUUGUGCAAUGUUGAUUUUAUACGCUCCAAGUCACAAACGCUGGCUUUCUGAGCCCAGUGGAGUUCCUGAAGAAGAACUUGAGUUUAACAAUUUACCGACAAACGGUAAUCCUAAUGAAAUAUCAUCUCUGACAUCUUUUGCUACCAAAGUAAAUGCAGAUUAAGAUAUUGUAUCUACGUUUUCAUCAAAUUUUCGAAGUUUGAUACAAAUGAAUCAUUAUAUGAAGAGUAGAUAGUACAUUGAGUAUAAGUAUAACAUAAAGUACUGGUGCUCUCCCCGAAACAUGUCGGGAACUAUUCUAGUACUCCUUACCCGCAAAUAUUGCUGUUUAGAUAUGAUCUGUGUGUUCAAUAGAUAAACAGGCCAACAGAAAAAAUGUUUUUGAAAACUUUGUUUACUUUAAUAGCUGAUUUUUAUAGAUUUUUGUGCGCUGAAUCCAA